CUCUCUCUCUAUAUAUAUAUAUAUAUAUUUAUAUAUAUUACAUAAAACAAUUUCCACCAUAAAGGGAAGAUACAACAAAGACCAGAGAUUGAGCUUGGAAGAUCAACUGGAAGAGAUAAGAGAUCGAAGAGAUAUGGGUACCUACAACAACAAUAAUAACAAAAAUCAAGAAGAACAUGAAGAUGUUGACGAAACUCCACUUCCUGGGUUUCGUUUUCAUCCAACAGAUGAUGAACUUGUUGGGUUCUAUCUUCGCCGGAAAGUUGAAAAGAAACCGAUCAGCAUCGAGCUCAUCAAAGCCAUUGAUAUCUACAAAUAUGAACCUUGGGAUCUUCCAAAAGCAACUACCAAUUCAGGAGAUAAAGAAUGGUACUUCUUUUGCAAAAGAGGAAGGAAAUACAAGAACAGUAUCAGACCAAACAGAGUCACAGGUUCUGGAUUUUGGAAAGCAACUGGUAUAGACAAACCUGUUCAUUCUCAGGGAGGAGAAGGCUAUCGCUGCAUUGGACUCAAGAAAACAUUAGUUUACUACCGAGGCAGCGCCGGAAAAGGAACCAAAACUGAUUGGAUGAUGCACGAGUUUCGCCUUCCCACCGGUCUCGACGCCAACACAAACCGACCAAAUGCUAAAACAGCUGAUCCACAAGAAGCAGAAAUAUGGACUUUGUGUAGGAUAUUCAAGAGGAACAUGUCAUAUAGAAAGUACACACCAGACUGGAGAGAAUUGUCAGCCAAGCGUCAACCAAUGGACGCAUUAAUAACCUCUAAGAAAUGCAACAUGAAUGAUGAUCAGUACUCUAACAGAAACAAUGGAGAAUCUUACAUUGAUUUCAGUGCUCCAAUUAUCUACCAUGAGGACAAGAAGCCUGUCAUCUUAAAUCAUCAUCAUCAUCAUAUCAACGUUGGAAAUGGUAUUACUAAUAAUAAUAAUAACCAGUUGCAUGUUGGGCAAGCGCUGAGCUCAUCAAUGGCGGCUGCUACACAAUACCAUCAUCCAUCAUACUUGAAUUCCUUGUCAAGCUUUUCUUCGUAUGAGGACAUUGAGAAUGAGUUGUUUAUGCAUGCAGAUUGGGAUGAACUUAGAUCUGCUGUAGAUCAGUUUGUUGUUGGUCCAACACUUUUGUAAAUAUAGUGUAAACUUUGUAAUAUAGAUUAAAAUAAAAACCAACUCCCAUUAUUAUUAGAAUGUUUGGGAUAUUAUUAGCUUUAGUUUAUCGAGAGAGAUUCUUUUUUUCCCCUUGACGUUUUGUACUAAUUAUUUGGAGUAGGACGUACUUGUCUUUUGAAUGUAUAAUUUCUUUGGCUGUCCUUCUAUGAAGUUUAAAAGAACUCUUCCAUUUUA